ACCAAUGAGCACCUCUGAGAGACAAGACAGUCAUUUCCUCUCAGUUGCCUGCAUCUGUUCUUGAGGGUUUAAAAGGCAUGGCCUGGGUGACAGGGACCUUCAGGCGCCCGUCGCUGGUCACCACAGAGCCCAGGAGGAGCCAGGACAUGGACCUCAUAAUUAACAGCACUGAAAAAGACUAUGGGCACUACGAUGCAACCUUAGAUCCUGGGACGCGUGUGGAUGGCGGUGGUACCGGUCCGAAGAUACCAGCUGAGGAUAUAGCUGCCCUUAUCAUCUACUUGGCCGUGUUUCUGGUGGGAGUUCCCGGGAAUGCCCUAGUGGUGUGGGUGACAGCCUUCGAGGCCAGACGUACAGUCAACGCCAUCUGGUUUCUGAAUCUGGCGGUGGCCGACCUCCUCUCCUGCUUGGCACUGCCAAUCCUGUUCAUGUCCAUUAUAAAUUAUAACAACUGGCCCUUCGGUGCCACCGCCUGUGUCGUCCUGCCCUCUCUCAUCCUGCUCAACAUGUACGCCAGUAUUCUGCUGCUGGCCACCAUUAGUGCCGACCGUUUCCUGCUGGUGUUCAACCCCAUCUGGUGUCAGAAGGUCCGCGGGACUGGCCUGGCAUGGAUGGCCUGUGGAGUGGCCUGGGUCUUAGCACUGCUCCUCACCAUUCCGUCCUUCAUGUUCCGGCAGCUAUAUGAGGAGUCCUACUCGGAUCACACUCGGUGUGGUGUUAACUUUGGUAAGGGCGGGGUCCCCAAGGAGAAGGCUGUCGCCAUCCUGCGGCUGAUGGCAGGCUUCGUGUUACCGCUGCUCACCCUUAACAUCUGCUACACCUUCCUCCUGCUCCGGACCUGGAGUCGCAAGGCCACGCGCUCCACCAAGACGCUCAAAGUGGUGAUGGCUGUGGUCACCUGCUUCUUUGUCUUCUGGCUGCCCUAUCAGGUGACCGGGGUGAUGAUAGCUUGGCUGCCCCGGUCCUCGCCUACCUAUGAUGACGUGGAGAGGCUGAACUCCUUGUGCAUAUCCCUGGCCUACAUCAACUGCUGCGUUAACCCUAUCAUCUAUGUCAUGGCCGGCCAGGGCUUCCACGGACGGCUCCGAAGGUCCCUACCCAGCAUCAUACGAAAUGCUCUCUCCGAGGACUCCGUGGGCAGGGACAGCAAGACUUUCACUCGGUCCACGAUGGACACUUCAACCCAGAAGAGCCAGGCGGUGUAGAGGAGAGGCCGCCACUGGCCUGGCUGCUCCCUUUCCAGCCCUCCUCCUGCCCCUCCUCCCUUCUCUUUGCAUGUUUAAUUUUGUGCCAUCCCCCCACCUCUCUCUCUCUCUCUCUCUCUCUCUCUCUCUCUCUCUCUCUCUGGUUUUUCGAGACAGGGUUUCUCUGUAUAGCCCUGGCUGUCCUGGAACUCACUCUGUAGACCAGGCUGGCCUCGAACUCAGAAAUCUACCUGCCUCUGCCUCCCAGAGUGCUGGGAUUACAGGUGUGCGCCACCACCGCCCGGCUAAAUUCCGUCUUUUUAAGAAUGGUAGUUGACAGAACCCAGCACAUCCAAGCUUUGUAAAAACAACUAUGCAUGGCUUACUCGAUAAAUAUUUUUUUUUUUGUUUCAAAAAGGUACAUAAAUGUGUUUAAUUUUUUAAAAUCAUGUAUCUAUUUAUCUUGGGAUGGGGUGGCGCUGGGCGAAUGCUGUGGUAUAUGUGUGGAGGUCAGAGGACAACCUGCUGGAAUUGGGUCUCUCCUUGCAACCAUGAGGGUCCUUGGAAUCGAACCCAUGUCAUCAGGUUUGGAAGCAAGCACCUUUACCUGCUGAGUUAUGUCAUUGGCCAGAGAUAUACUGUCUUAUGAUGCAUUCUUUCAGCUUAGCGAGUCUGCAUGCACGAGUGGAUGUGUUGGCUAGAAAAUACGUACUGAUCAACACCAGAAGCACCAUGCAAGUGGGUGGAUAGUUUUGAAUUUUCUGGUCAGCACGUUAAAAAUGUGAAAAAAGAAAGACCUGGGUGUAGUGGUGCAAACCUGUAUCUCAGCACGCGGGGGAUCCAGAGGCCAGAGUCAAGCAUUAGAAGCCAGCCUGGCUUCCCCGGGGGACUGUGGUGAAGUCUAAACAAUAAAUAAGGUAAAAUACUGGAAUUAGGCUCUGCCAGGGCCUCUCAUCCUCUUCUUCCCCCUCUUCUUCUUCUGUUUUUUUUCGAGACAGGGUUUCUCUGUGUAGCCCUGGCUGUCCUGGAACUCACUCUGAAAUGUGACCACUGCCUGUCACAUUUCACAGACCCAACCUGCCUGUGUUCUGCUAUUGACACUUUCUAUAUGGUGACACUAACCUCACUGAAUUUGUACAGGGCCUAUGACCUGGCAUUUACUAUUUAUGUAUUUAUUUAUUUUGAGACAGGAUCUCUGUACAAAGCCCUAGCUGUCCUGGAACUAUGUGAACCAGGCUGGCCUGGAGCGCACAGACAUGGGCCCGGCUCUGGCACUACAGAUGUGAGCCACCACACCCAGCCUUGUUCUAUUUUUUGGAUGGCCUCUAUGAGUUGGAAACAAAUAAUUAAUUAGUUAGUAAAUUAACGUAUGAGAUGGGAUCUCAUGUAGCCCAGGCUAGCCUUAAACGGGUUUUACAGCUGAGUCAGGUCUUAAACUCCUAAUCCUUCUGCCUGUGCCUCCCACACGGUGGGAUUAUAGGUAGUCUCCGCUGACUCCCAGUUGUCUCCCUCUUGUGAUUUUUCUCAUUAUUGGUCACAUCUGUCACAGCUGAGCUCCUCACCUGCUCACCCAUGUCCCAGCUGUCCUAUGAAUCGCUUCCUUGACUUGUGUCUCCAUUCCAGGAAAAACCACACUGGCAACUUACCCAGCCAGGUCCUUUCCGCUCCCCCAUCGCAGACCCAGCCUCCCUUCCUACCACACACUGGCUGCUCUAGUCUCUCCCUCUCCCUCUCCCUCUUCUUCUCUCUCUCCCUCCUUCCCUCUUCCCUAUCUCCCUCCUUCUCCCUCCUUCCCUCUUUCUCCCCUCCCUUCCUCCUUUUCUCUCUCUCUCUCUC